GGUUUUAGCUAUCGUUCGCCACUCUCGCUCCGACUCCCGCCGUUUCCGCGGCUCGUCCCAAACUUGUGCGCACUUCAAAACUAUCUCGACUUUUCGAUUCAAAUCGGAAGCUCAUUCAUCGCUAGCAAAACAAAAUAGCAACUUGUCUUCCUUGAUCGAAUUAUUUUUUGUUGUUAAACCAAUACCAAUUUUCGUAGCUCUUUGAUCGUUACCCGAAUUUGCGUUCCUCCUUCAUUUCUCGGCUGAAUGUUGAACAUCAAGCGCGGACGGGCGAAAGCAGUUAGAAUGAAAACGUUUGCUUUUGCAUCUGAACGGGUUGCGGCCCAAUGUUUGAUAUGUUUCGUGUUAGCGCUGACGGUGACUGAGUGUCUUCCGCUUUUCGAGACGGCCACGGCUGCUUCCGCUUCAUCGUCCACGUCGCCCUAUGUCGAAGAUUUGCUGCGUCUCUAUAACGUUAGCAACGAAGAUGUUGAGGCUUCUCGUCAAAAGCAAAUCGCCAUCCGUCAUUCGGCCAGUGUCAAUCAUCGCCAUUCGCCGCCAUCCAACCGCCAUCAACAACACGACCAGCACUUGUCGUCACUGCACCUUCCGGACGCGGCUUCACCUGCGUCCAGUCUAGACGCUCAAAUUAUCAUUCAUCAGCGCAAUAGAUCAAAUGUGACUGUUAAUAUGAGCACCAGGUCGGCUUUUCAGCGGAAACAGGAGGUCAUCCGCAACAUAUUGGAUUUUGUCAACCAAAACGGUCGUCCUCAAAUGCCGUCAGGCGGCUCAUCGCUCGGUAUCGGCCCGAUUCCUCCGUUUCUUUCGCAUUUCUCGCGUCCAGAAGCCACAGCCGACCUCUAUGAACGUACCCGCUACAUACAGCCAUCAUGUGACACCCCAAAACACACAGACGAAGAAAUGUGGUCGACAGGAGCCACUUUACCGUUAUCGCUUCACUUAUUCUUUAACCUGAGCGGUAUACAAUCUCAAACCCGUCAUGGCUACCAACUCUACGUCACCGCGGCCAAGUUGCGUCUAUUCAAAUUCGCCGAGGGAGAGGCAAUGCCAUCGGUUCCUUUGCCUGCAGAAUCGGCAGAUGCAGGUCUGGCGUCUGAUAGCCUGGAACCAACUCUCCAAACGCUGAAAGCCGUACCAUUCUUCGAGCCUCCGUUGCAUUACGAAGAGAAAAUACGAGUUUCGGUCCACAAUUAUACUCGCGCCUUGAAACGAAAUCGUGUUCAGAAGAAGAAGCUCUUGGACUCACAAAUGGCUUUGGCUAAAGAAGAAAAUUACAUGAAGUUGGAUAUCAAACUGGCUGCUCGAUGGUGGCUUGCCUCGGGUGGCCGCAAUUUCGGACUUGUCAUAGAAGUCGAAGACACAGACGGCCAGCGCAAACCAAUCACUCAAUUCUUCCGCCCGCGCAAUUGCUCUCCAGAAAGUAGUUCGACACGAUCAGACGAACUCAUCGAUCCGGCCAACGUGGCCUCACCUGUCCUCGAGCUGACCCUGAUUGAAAUGCCAGAAGGUAAAAGCGUGUUCGAGGUGCCAUCAAAUGCUGCCAGAGGCAGAAGCGACGACAUGGAAAGCAUCGGCAGUGACGAUGGUGAUGCGUUCACCGAAUUAAUGGAUGAAUCAUCCCCUCGAAGACAUCGACACCAGCAUUCCGUCCAGGCUGUUCACACUUCCCAAGAAGAACAGGCAGAUGAGGCUGUCUUUCGAGUCAACAAUCAUUCAGUAAAGAAUGGCAUACCAUACAAUCCAACAGUUCUUCAGGUCAGCAAGCACCACAGGACUUUGAAUCCAUCCACAAGUCGCUUGGGCCACAGUCAGACAUCCAACCAUCGUUCCACACCGUCUCCAGUGCCUACGUUGGCCACUCUCGAAGAUCACGAUCUCUUCCGUGACACCGAAGACGAGGAAACGACGCGCGCCGAAACUGAGGGUUCUCGUUUUCAGUUACGUCCCACCAGCCUGUUCAUGCAAAGAAUGAUGCAACACCAUCAAAGUCAGCAGCAUCAUUUUAAUUCCAAACCGGCUCACCAUUUACGGACUAAAGACAACAGAAAGCAAUAGAUACUUAGUUCACUGGAUCUGUCAUUGACGGGAUUCGUUUACGGAAGCGAAUAACAUAGAACAAAAAAAAUAAUAACUGAAGAUUUGUUGGAAUACGCUAUGUAAAAAGCAAAUGUAGUUAUGCCCGUCCGAUCGAUUAGCGCUCGAUGGGUGAAACCAUUGUCAAAAUUUCAUCAAUCCCCCCGCCCUUAUUUUUUUUGUUUUUUCCUGCUCGCUUUAGAUUUUUUUCUUUUCGUUCCGGUCCUAUUACAGUCUGAUCGCUUGAAUCGGUAACGUCCAAUUUCAAGUUGAAUAUUUAAAAAAAAAAAAAAAAUGGUAAAAGUACAUCAAUGAAAUAAUUCUAAUUGUACCCUCCCCCUUACACUCACAAUAAUUUUUCUGCUCACGUCUUGCAUGUAAAUUAAAUUAAGCCAACUUCCUUAUGUCAAAAUCAAUACCACAGGUAUAUUACUGAUCUAGAAUUGCCGACUAGAACGUAGACUAGACUGCAACUGUCUAACAGACGCGGCCAACCAUUCCUUACCUAAUAGGUAUUCUCUCAUUCUUUUUUUUUUUUUUUUUAAACUUGAAAACGACGGAUCUAAUAGAUCACAUCGAUUCUUUAAGGUCCCGCUAAAAUUUAUUUCACUUGAUUUUUUUUAAAAUUUGUUCUCCGAAUCUUUUGUCCGACCCUUAGCUUCUAUACAUUUUAACUUGCAACAGCGUUAUUAUCUUAGCCUCAUAGCACUUGAUAGAAUUCAACUCGUUUUUGUCACUAUACCUUUCCAUGUCACAACACUCUCGCCAUUACUUUGUCAGCAUUUCCCAGUUGAACUGAGUUUUUUUUGCGGCACAUGUACAUAUGUCAAGAAAAUAUUUAGCACGCCAGGUACCGCGUGCUGCCCAAUGCUAAUUUAUAUACAGAAAAAAAAUGAUAAGCAAAGCAAAUCGAUGACAGUUAUAAUGGCUCCCAGACAUUACGUUCCUGUAAUAGUUCUGCCUUCCGACAGAACCCUUGUCCCUGUUACCUAUUUAAUAUCGUUGUACGGUAUUUACAUGUGAAUAAACGUGAAAACAAACAUGA